CCUUAUCCUUCUGGACUUCUAUGGAGACUUCUAAAUUCUUUGCCCGUCAGAUGCCUGAUUUUUUUAAGGUUCAUUCAGGUUCAUUAGUGUACUAAACAUUUUGACUUUUCUUUGAGCAAUCAAUACAAAAUGUGAAAAUGUCGUUGUAUGACGAUUUUGACAAACACCGGACAAACGAGAAGGUCGCAGGAUGGUCUUCCGGAAUAAAAUUGCUGCAAUCGCAGUUGCAGUUAAAGAAAGCCGCGACUACGCAACCCAAGCGAGAGCAAUACAGAAAGGCGGCAGCGAUUUUGGCUCCUGUAAUUGACUUAAAAUCCAAAUCUUUACGGGAUGGGGAGAAAGAGGACGAUGGUCUCAUCGGUAACAUUCUUAGUUCGACUGGUAGCAAUAACAGUACUAUCAGUGGAGAAUUUGACUGGAAUGUCAUUAAUGAGUAUGAUCCAAUGUGGCCAAAUGAAUAUGAGAAAGUCGUGAAAGAAUUAAGAGAUAUUCGAGAUAGAGAACACGAUCAGGAAUCUGAAUUGCGCAAACGUAGACGAGACAACCCACGUUUUGAAGAUGUACAGUCUACUUCCACGGUUGUUUCGAUACCUGUGGAAAGAGAGGAGGAACGUCCACCUGUAGCUAGGAUUGCUCCGGGUGGAGCAGCGAUAGCACCACCUCCAUCUUUACAAGAACCUGCAGAAGUUCCUUCAACUACGGCUCGAAUGCACUCUUCCAAUCUUGGUUAUACGACAUCUUCCGUUGCUGCUAAAAUAAUGGCAAAGUAUGGGUUUAAGGAAGGCCAAGGACUUGGGAAAAAAGAGCAAGGUAUGUCAGUUGCAUUGCAAGUGGAGAAAACUAGUAAACGAGGAGGUAGAAUCGUCGGAGAAAGAGAACAACUUAUGCCUCCACCAUUAACAUCGACAACGUCGUCAUCACCACCACCUGCACAAUCAGCUACUCAGUCGCAACAGCAACAGCCUCAAGAGGAGCCAAGUAUUACUGAAAUUAUGAAAUCACCUAGCAAGGUGGUAUUACUGCGAAAUAUGGUUGGUCCUGGAGAAGUAGACGAUGAUCUUGAACCAGAAGUUAAGGAUGAAUGCAAUACAAAGUAUGGUGAUGUGGGACGAGUUAUAAUUCAUGAAGUGAUCGACGCACCACCUGAGGAAGCUGUUCGAAUUUUUGUUGAAUUCAAAAGAAUAGAAAGUGCCAUUAAAGCAGUUGUAGAUUUGAAUGGGCGAUUUUUUGGUGGUAGGCAAGUGAAGGCUGGGUUUUACUCUAGCGAGAAAUUAGACAAUUUCCAAUUAAUGGAUUAAUCAUAGAAAUAAACCAUUUAUAUUAAUUUUUA